AACAUUUCAUUCAGGGGAAGUCUUGCAGUAAUUUACUGCAGUGGCGUGCAUAAGGGCCAUUGUUACGUGAGGCGGUAAGUGCCACAAACCUUUGUACCAACAACUACAGUGAAGCCUGAGGUAGUAUAAGCAGAAGAAGCCGCAUCUAUAGACAGAAUCGAGCUGCUAUCAAGAUGCUAAAAUGUUGCAGGACUUCGGUGGAGAAGCAGCUGGGCUCCGUGAAAACGUUAAGAAAGUGCACAGAAUUAGAGAAAUCUGUUGCCACCAUAGCGAUAGUAUUUAGUAAUCACACUGCUGCAGAUGGCAAACUCAGCAAAGGCCAGGCUAAAGAUUUACUUUCAACCCAUUUUCAGAGUUUCAUAAAGGGCCAAGAACUGAAACCAAAAUACAAAGAAAUUCUGUCUGAUCUUGAAGAAGGCAAAGACGCCAGGCUGGGCUUUGAAGAUUUCAUGAUUCUUUUGACAAGUCUAACCAUCAUGUCAGAUCAGAUGCAUGAGAUACGAUCUGUAACAGUGAAACAAUGACAUAACUUUCAUUCAAAUAGUUUACCUUUAACUCCAGAUGAUAGUUCAGUUUAGUUUAGUUUAGAGAUACAGCGUGGAAACAGGCCCUUCGGCCCACUGAGUCCGCACCAGCCAGCGAUCCGUGCACCUUAACACUAUCCUACGGACACUAGAGACAAUUUACACUUAUGCCCCUGUCCCACUUAAGAAACCUGAACGGAAACCCGUGGAGGCUUUGCGCCCCACCCAAGGUUUCCGUGCGGUUCCCGGAGGUUCCCAGAGGUUUUUGUCAGUCUCCCUACCUGCUUCCACUACCUGCAACCUCCAGCAACCACCUGCAACCUCCGGGAACCGCACGGAAACCUUGGGUGGGGCGCAAAGUCUCCAGAGGUUUCCGUUCAUGUUUCCUAAGUGGGACAGGGGCAUUACACCAAGCCAAUUAACUUACAAACUGUACGUCUUUGGAGUGUGGAAGGAAACUGAAGAUCUCGGAGGAAACCCACACAGGUCCUGGGGAGAACGUACAUACUCCAUAUAGACAGCACCCGUAGUCAGGAUCGAACCCGGGUCUAUAAGCUGUAAGCACUGUAAGGCAGCAACUAAACCUCUGCGCCACCGUGCCACACAUGUUAUGGUUAUGUAAAGACCUCAUCAGGUUGAAUCGAUGAGACUGCAGUUUUCAGUAACUAUUUUUGUGUCAUUUUGUGCCUGACUUUUUUUUCAAAGACACAAGUUUAAAAACUUUGCUUUUUAAUAAAAUUAGCAUUAUUUAAGCAUGUAUUCGAGCACAUUGGAUUCCAAAUAUAAAAAUAGAAUCGAAACACUGUUAAGAAUAAAUAAUCUAGCAGCGCAUGCAUGAAGAUGUAACAGAAAGAACAUUUUAUUUGAAAGAAAGUUCAAUGGAUAGAUCGCAAUCCAUUAAACCCUAACUCGAAUAGUACCAGAGAGGAGAAGCGCGCACCACCAGACUCCGGAACAGCCUCACCCCCUCUGUUAUCAGGCUUCUGAAAGGUUCUUCCAUUAGCUGGGGUGCUGUCCAAUUCACCUCUAUCCCAUUGCAGACAUUGGUCUUUGUCUCUGGAACUGAUGCACCACCAACCAUGCUGAGAACUGGAUCCUGCAUCAGUGUUUAAUGUUUUAUGCAUCAUUCCUAACUGUCACUGUAUGUCAUGUUGCCACUUGCGGGCGGAGCACCAAGGCAAAUUCCUUGUAUGUGAAUACUUGGCCAAUAAAUUCAUUCAUUCACUCUGUAUCUUCUCCUUUGCUCCAUCCAUUGUACUUGAGUUUGACUUGAUUGAACCAGUGGAUGAGAUAUCUGAUCGGUUUGGAUAGCAUGCAAAGCAAAUCCUUUCCCUGUACCUCAGCACACGUGACGAUAAUAAACCUAAACCACAACCUAACUUUAAACCUUAUUGACAAAGACAAUCUCAAAUGCGCACUGCCUGCUUUCCCCUUUGCUCUAUCUAUUGUACAUUGAGUGUGGCUUGAUUGUAUAGUAUUAACCGAUCUGAUUGAUCCGUACCAUGGUACACAUGACAAUAAUAAACCUGAUCCUAAACCAAAACCUGAACUAAACGGGUUUGAUGUAGCCACAAUUUAGUUUAGUUUAGAGAUACAGGCCCUUUGGCCCAUUGUGCCCGCGCCGACCAGCGAUCACCGCAUACUAACACUAUCCUACACACACUAGGGACAGUUUACAUAUAUACCAAGCCAAUUAACCUACAAACCUGUACACCUUUUGAGUGUGGGAGGAAACCGAAGUUCUUGGAGAAAACCCACGCAGGUGACGGGGAGAACGUACAAACUCCGUAGUCAGAAUCGAACCCGGGUCUCUGGCGCUGUAAGGCAGCAACUCUACCGCUGCGCCACCGUGCCAUCUAUUUAUUGCAGAACAUCACUUUAGGAAAGUAUUGCACAGUUUUAGAAGUCUGAACUUUUCGACCAUAUGCCCGACGUGCGCCUGGGUUAAAGAGUCUUAUAAUUAGCUGUGAAGAUGUUGAAAACCCAGUCUCCGUGUUACAGCAGGAUAAUGAUCACCAGUCCGGCUUGGCGGCUGGAAUACUUAAAGUAAAAUAUAAAAUAGUACCAGCAGUCCUGUCCCCCAAACCUUACAUUCAAUAUAUUAUUCAUGAACGUACAUAUCGCAAUAACUGCAAACCGAAAAAUCCCCAGAAAAUAUCCAAAAUAUAAAAACAUAGACACAUAGAAAAUAGGUGCAGGAGGAGGCCCUUCGAGCCAGCACCGCCAUUCAAUGUGAUCAUGGCUGAUCAUCCACAAUCAUUACCCCAUUCCUGCCUUCUCCCCAUAUCCCCUUGAUUCCGCCAGCCCUGUCCCACUUUCACAACCUAAUUCACGACCUCUGCCGAGUUUGCCCUUGACUCAUACUCGCAGCAUGGUCGUCAUCAGGUCGUGGGAGGUUGUAGGAGGUCAUGGGGAGGUCGUAGGCAGGUCGUGAUGCUAGUCGUAGGUACUCCUGGCAUCAAGUCAGUCGGGGCGUUUUUCUAGCCUGAUGAAAAAUGUCCACGAGUAAAAAAGGUCGUGAAUUAGGUCGUGAAAGUGGGACAGGCCCUUUACUCUCUUUUGAAAGCAGCCAGUGAGUUGGCCUCCACUGCGUUGGCCUCCACUGCCCUCUGAGGCAGAGAAUUCCACAGACUCACAACUCUCUGAGAGAAAAAGUUUUUCCUCGUCUCAGUUCUAAAUGGCCUACCCCUUAUUCUUAAACUGUGGCCCCUGGUUCUGUACUCCCCCAACAUCGGAACAUGUUUCCUGCAUCUAGCUUGUCCAAUCCCUUCAUAAUUUGAUAUGUUUCUAUAAGAUAUCCUCUCAUCCUUCUAAAUUCCAGUGUAUACAAGCCUAGUCGUUCCAUUCUAUCAACAUAUGACAGUCCCACCAUCCCGGGAAUUAACCUGGUGAACCCACGCUGCACUCCCUCAAUAGCAAGAAUGUCCUUCCUCAAAUUAGGAGACCAAAAGCGCCCCACGAUACUCCUGGUGUGGUCUCACCAGGGCCCUGUACAACUGCAGAAGGACCUCUUUGCUCCUAUACUCAACUCCUCUCAUUAUGAAGGCCAACAUGCCAUUAGGUUUCUUCACUGCCUGCUGUACCUGCAUGUUUAAUGUACAGCGGGUCUGGCAGCAUCUGUGGAGAGAGACAUGGUUCAGGUUUCACGUCAGUAAUCUCUCACUGCCAGAUCAUUGUUUUCUAAUUUGCUUUCUUGCAAGUCCCAAAAAUUGUGUUAUGUUGGAAACUGCAGGCAUUAACUUGGUAGCUGCCGGUUUUGUAACAGAACGAUUCCAGUAGCUGGUUAAUCUGCUGUUUGAUGCCCAAAUAACCCAGUAACUGUGAGGAAACUACAGCCACAGGACACCUGUAUUACAUCUGAAAUCUGUAGUCUUAAAGAAAACCUGGUGUGGCAGUGCAGCGGUAGAGUUGCUGCCUUACAGCGCCAGAGACCCAGGUUCAAUCCUGACUACGGGUGCUGUCUGUACGGAGUUUGCAUGUUAUCCCUGGGACCGUGUGGGUUUCUCCGGGUGCUAUAGUUUCCUCCCCAUCAUCCCUCGAGUGCAGGACAGCGCUAGUGUGCAGGGUGACCGUUGGUCAGCGUGGACGCAGUGGGACGAAGAUUCUGUUUCCACGUCGUAUUGCUAAAACUAAACUCGGUAUACGUGGCAAAAAAUAAACCAAAUACCAAAUCCCAACACCAAAGUUGGGCCCAAACUAUCUUAAGUUCUGUGUAGACAAUAGACAAUAGGUGCAGGAGUAGGCCAUUUGGCCCUUCGAGCCAGCCCCGCCAUUCAAUGUGAUCAUGGCUGAUCAUCCCCAAUCAGUACCCCGUUCCUGCCUUCUUCCCAUAUCCCCUGACUCCGCUAUCUUUAAGAGCCCGAUCUAG